AUGAUUAGAAACUCUAGAGUGAGAAGAAUUUUCAAUUCUCGUGAUGAGAAUAUUACCGAUUUAACUUCAUCUCUUUAUGAACUUGAACCCUUUGAUUCUAUUGUACAUGCAUUAAGAUGGAAACAGAUCAAAGCACGUAUACCUUUGUGUAUGAAAAAGACAUUACGUAAUCGAUUUAUGUUGCCGAACAUUAUCUAUGUAGGUUAUACAAUUACUCUUUUAUCCAUUGAUUUUAAUGCAAAUCUAAACGCAUUAUUGAGCAAUAAUACAUUAGUUAAGAAUGUUAAAACUACUUCGAAUAUCAGCACAAUAUUAAGAACAUCAAUUCUUGAUCAGCCAAUACAAAACAAUCCAUAUAUGAAUCGACUUUAUAUCGGUUUGGCUAUUGUUAGUUUAAUUAUGGGCUUUCUCUAUUGUUGGGCUUGGCGUGAUCGAUCAGUAUUUGAUAUUAUAAUGAUACCUGAAUAUUUGAGUCUAAUUCAAUCAGGACUUUAUCUUUGGUCUGCUUCUUGGUAUUCAAAACAAGAUACUCUUGGCGGUUAUUAUACUAUAGCAGUUCAUAAAAUCGAACUUACUGCAUCUGUAGUUGGAUUGUUUGCUGCAAUAGGAUGGGUUCUAUCAUGGUUCAUGACUUAUACACGCAUAUUUGGGCGAGGUUAUACAUUGGAUGAUCCAGAUAUGAUUUCUAAUCUGGCAAUGGUAGCUAAUGCAAUUAUCUAUCUUGUAUAUAACAUACAACUCAUUGUUUCACCUGAAUACUAUGAAACCAAUAUGUUGUACAAAUAUGGAGAUAUAUGUGAUUUUGUCGAAGCAUGCUUUUGUGUAUUUGCUUGUUUACGUGAUGAUGAUUGGUUUUGGUUUUUUCCAUUAGCUGGACAAUAUGGUAUUGCAUUAGGACGAGUACAAGUAGAAGCAAAAACUCUACCACAAUUCGGUAAAAAUCCAAUACUUAUAACGAAUAUGUGUCGAAGAAGAACCAAAAUAAAACGAAGUGAGAGACACGACAAAAUAAAUAUGCGUAAUGAUGUCAUCACCGUGCCAAUAUUCGCACCAUCUCUAGAACAUCCCUAA